UGUGUUUGAAGGGGAGGGCUGAUUAUGCAGCAGCAAGCUGCAAACUGCAGGUAAAGGCGACUCUGAGCUCUCAUGUGUCAGGACUGCAAACCGAAGUUUCUCUGAAAAUUUGAGGGUGUGUUCUGCUGCUUUCAUGGCUUUCCUUACCAAUGUCACCAUCCUUCUGGUCCUGGCUUGUAUUUCCCAUCAGCUGAUAGUGGGCAGCUGUCAAAAGAGCCGUGGACGUAGGGGACGAGAUGGGGACAGAGGUCAACACAGGGACAGGUCAGGGCUAAAGGUGAGCCGCCAACCCAAAUCCGUCUCCGCCCGGCCCAUUAAAGGCAAGCUGGUCACUAGAGACAAGUCAGAGUGCACCUGGGCUGCAACAGGUGAGGACCUCUUCAUCCUCGGCGUGACCUGCAAGAAAGGGGACACUAGCUUCAGCUGCGAGUACGCUGCCACACCGACUGUUUGUCGAGAAUAUGCCUCCAAUGCUAAACUUUACUGGAAGCAGAUUGCCAGGGCACUGAGGAAGCAAAAGAAUCUGUGUCAGGACAGCAGCGCUUUGGUCAGGGCGGGUAUGUGCAGACGAGCUGCCACAGAUGCUCAUUUCAGACUCCGUGUUGGACAGAAAAAGAAGACUGCCCCGCCUUAUGUUCCAGCCAAAACUGUUAAAUCCUGUCAGCCUGGUAACAGGAAGCUGGCAAAAGAAUACUGCAGUGAUGCCUGGUCCAGUUUUUGCACCUUCUUUUUUACUAUGGUGCAGGAUUAUGAUUGUUGAGGCAGAAAAAAGCAAACCAAACUGAAAUAAAUUUGUCUCUGUAUGCAGUCCUAUCAAUACUUUUCUAGUUAUAGACUCUUUAUAGAUGCUUGCUGCUUAACAGAAAGAUUUUCACAGAACAGUGUGAUUUAGAGUGCACACUUUCAUAUUGUUAACAGUGGUGUUAUCUCUUAUUAAAUACUUUUUCUAGCCAUUUCUUAAUGCUGCUCUCCGAUUUGUCAAUUUAAAAUUUUUCUGUGGCGAUAACUUGACAUUUAUGUCACAUAAAUAUAGACGUAAACAUAGUUACUAUGUUACUGAAACAUAAACAUAGAAUACUGAGACAUAAGCAUAGAAUAAAACAUAUUGUUCCCUCUUACAAAUACAUACACAGUUAAAGCACAGCCUGUGCCCACCGCAUUUCUGUUUCUCUAGAGCUUAUUACUUUACGUAAUUUCACUUAAAGACAUUUGUUUUCCAUCACAGUCACACUGAAAUUACCUCUCCUCCUCAAUUUAAAAAAGUCUACUUAAACAAAAGAACCCUGUCUGUCCUUAAACUGUGUAAUUUAUGUCAAACCCAUUUUCUGUCAUUCCCAAAUGUGCACAGCCUUGCUGAAGGCAUUUGCUGGGAGAUUAGACGUUUGAGCAUGUUGGGUAUUGACACAGUAAUUUAACCAGAGGGAGUGUGAUUUCUAGAAGCCUUGGCCUGCAUACUUUGGCACUGACAAGCCUCUGAAUCCACACUCUCAGUAUGAAAUCAUGAAAACUUCACAUUCAACUUGCAUAAUUAAAGCCAAAGGGCACCAGGGUCUAAACAGAUCAGAUAGCAAAAACAUCAGGCAGGUUCAACUGAAGAUUUCAACAUUAUGUUUGGCAUUUAGACCAAUAUCAGUAGAAUUUCCCACACUUCAGCUUUAGAGCCCCAUUGAGUCUUUAAAAUAUCUGCUUUGACAGAAACUACCUAUUUUGUUUGUGUUAUCAAUUUGUCACUGUUCUUACAGCACAGUAUUUAGGACUAAUGUCUCAGAAUACAUCAUAAAGUUAAAUUACCGAUGUGUUAAUAAGCUGCAUGCAGUCAUCAAUAAAGAGCACAGUGCAAUCUUUGCUUUCUUACUGUCAAAAUAUAAUUUUACUGUCAGAUUUGCUUGUAAAUGGGCUGUUGCCUUCAAACUCUGAGUUAGAAAAUUUGGAAAAUAAAUUCCUAAAAAACAAGAGUUGAGGUAUUCAACAGAAAAAAAGCCUAUCCUGUCACACUCAUUCUUUGCGUUCAAAAGCUGUUGAUGAUGUCCUUUUCAGAGUUUCAGGAUGCACAUUUUCUUGAGGUUAACCGACCACCUCGGUAACUUAUCGCACACACCUAAAGUAUUAGUAAAAUCUGUCAAUACUGACAUUUACCAAUCACACACAGCUCUUUAACAGGCUGCCACAACUUUCUUCCAGGAGAGCAGCUCAAACAGACCAAAACAAAGCAACCCUCUCGAUGACUUAAUCUUCACCUGUUGCUGUAGCGUAAUGCGGCACCCACAGCUGACAGUUCAGAUUCUAGGAAGGCUGCAUUCUGGACUUUGUAGGAAAUGUGUUAUUGGUAGAUGAGAAAGACCCGAAGUAAUGUGGCUGCAGGAAAAAGCAAAUUAGAGGGCUGUCGCAAAGUCACUGCAGGAAUGCGGUGAAUAUAGAAGUAUAUUUAAGGAGGAGCUUUCCUUCAAGCAAGACUCUAAAACACCAGCUGUUGAAAACACAAGACUUUAAUUCUAUUGGGCAGCUUGUGAAAAAUGAUGCAAGGCACUCUGUGAACGUGUAUAGGGUCAAUAAAAAUAGUUUCCACAAAAACCUUACAAGAACAUCUGUCCACUCUUAGUUUAACAACUCUGAGAAUAAUUUGAUUAAAUAGCUUAAAGACCAACGUCAGUGCUUACAACUCAGCGAAUGGGUUCUAUAUUGACAUCAACAGAUGGAAGCAAAUGAUAUUACUGAGGACACAUUAAAGAGGUUUAGAGCUAAACAAGCAUUACAUUUUAAUAAGCAAUCACUGCUCUGACCAACAACGUGUCUGAUCUAAACCAGAUUCAUUCCAGAAAGAAAAAGACUCCCAACUGUUCUUACUUUGUGCUUUCCCAACAGUCACUAUGUCCAACGAAAAUACACAAAUUGAAUUACUCUCCAACCGUUUUCUCAAUAUCUCAAUGAAUAAACAAUAAGAGAUCACACGUGUAUAGUUCCGCUGUACAGAAUGCAGCUAGUUAACUAUCUCAUUCCUUAAAAGGUUGUUGUCCAGGUGCAGUAAUUAUUAGAAAUGAGGAUGAAUGUGUGACAUACAAAUGGAUUAUGGACUGCAACAUAAUGGUCUUCACACAAACAUGGUUGAACAAUGGGAUCUGCAAUAGUGUCAUUGAGCUAGCAGGAUGCUAUAUGGUUAGAACAGACAGGACAACAGAGGACUCCAGGAAGACCAGAGGUGGGAGUCUGUGCAUUCAUAUAAAUAAAGCUUGUUGCAUCGACACUGCGUUAAUCUAGAGCCACUUUUCUGCUGGCCUGGAAUUUGCCAUGGUUGGAUGUAGACCUAUCUAUCUACCAGAGAGUUCACCGCUACUGUUUUUCCUGCCAUAUAUGUCCCCCUGGAAGCUAAUGCCAAGCUUGCAAAGAAUGAACUGCAUGCUGCCAUUAGCAACCACAAGAAAAAACACUCACAUGCAGCCUUUGUUGUUGCGGGAGACAUUAACCACUCCAGCCUGAAGACUGCACUCGCAAACUUUAACCAACAAGAGAAGACAAGACUCUGGACUAUGUUUUUACAAACACACUUGAGGGAUACAGUGCCAUCCUCAUUCCCACCUGGGAGUCGGUCCAUGUGUCAUUGUUUCGACUCUCCAGGUGCUCACUACUCAUCAAACGUGUGAAACCAGCAGUUAAGAUGCAGCCAGAGGGAGUCGACUCCACACUACAGCACCAAUUUCAACACAGUGAUUGGAGUAUAUUUUCUGCUCAAGCCACUGUGGAUUCCUACACAGACAGAUACUUUAGCCAAGUCUGUUCUAGGCUACAUCAACACCAGCAUCAACAGUGUCACCACCCUCAAACAAAGCACUAAGCUUCCAAAUCAGAAGCCCUGAAUGAUUAGAGAGGUCCACCUACUGCUGAAGACGCAUAACGUUGCUUUCAGAUCAGGUGACUCAUUGGCCGACAGUUCAUCUGGAGAUAACCUGGAGAGGGGCAUCAGGAGGGCGAAGCUCAAGCACAAGCUGGUGGUAAAAACUGUCGAAAGCAUUUCCGGUAAUCCACUACCCCCCUCAUCAAGACUGUGCAUCACAAGUGAUGCUUGCAGAGAGCACACACCAUCAUCAGGGACACCUUCUACCCCGGACACAGGCUGUUUGCCCUCCACCUCUGUGUGUUUACACUGCAUAUAUGCUCCAUCUUAAAGCCUAUAAAGUGUUCAGAUUGUAAUAGUGUUAAUACUGUUAAUACUGUGUAUCUAUUUCAUAUAUGUCAUAGCAUUGAUACCGUUUAUACUUUUUAUACUGUUCAUAUAGUUUAAUCUAUCCACACUAUUUAAACAGUUUAUACUGCACAUACAACUAUUUAUCUCCACCUUUAGAUUUAGAUUGUCUAUUGUAUAUUAUAUUCACAUAUCUACAUAUUCAUAUAUUAGUGUGUUCACAGCACCCUGUCCAUACUGUAAAUUGUGUUUACACUGUGUAUAUCAGUCUCUAAAUAAUCCAUUUUACUGCUGCUUUCACACUUCUGGUUAGAUACUAAACUGCAUUUCAUUGUCUUAGUUCUUGUACUCUUUGCAAUGACAAAGCUAAAUCUGAUCUUAUAUUUUCAGAAACAAUUACACCUAAAAGAAUUUUGCUUUUCAGUAAUGAUGCUGAACUUCAAAUCAGUAGUAAAAACAUUUAUUAUAACAUGAA